UGCACCGCUGCUGUCACAACAACAACAUUUCGCCAUUUCAGGUUCAGGGGGGCCUAAACUCCCGCGAAGGAUUUAGGUAAAACGAGCUUCCAGCGUCCGUCUUUUCAUUGACAACAUAUCUUACCUCCUCUCUAUCGUCAAACGGCUUCGUUAUUGUGGUCCGAUGCAUGUUAUUUGGUUGGUGCGAAUGAGCUUUUCCAGCGUGGGCCCGGGCUGAAGUGUCAAGUGUCUGUUGUCGGAUUUUCCUGCUAACAGCUAGCUAGCUGGGUGUAAACAAAAAGGAUGAAGCGGAUCAAAGGAGUAGAGGAGGACAGCAACAGCUCCUCCAGUAAGAGCCCACCGGAGGCUUGCAAGAAGGUUCGGAAGCAGACGAGCGAUGAGUUAAAGGCAGUGGUGGCCAGUGAGUCAACAGAGAGUGACUGGGCACGACUGCCUCAGGAGCUCCUGCUACACAUCUUUCAGUACCUUCCACUGCUGGAUCGGGCUUAUGCCUCUCAGGUGUGUCGCACGUGGAACCAGGCCUUCCACAUGCCCGAGCUGUGGAGAUGCUUUGAGUUUGAGCUUAACCAGCCAGCAAGCUCUUACCUAAAAGCCACACAUCCAGACCUCAUCAAGCAGAUCAUAAAGAGGCACUCCAACCACCUGCAGUAUGUCAGCUUCAAGGUUGACAGUAGUACAGAAUCUGCAGAAGCAGCAUGUGACAUCCUUUCACAGUUGGUGAAUUGCUCACUGAAGACCUUGGGGCUCAUCUCUACAGCCAGGCCCAGUUUCAUGGAGGUUCCCAAGUCUCAUUUCAUCUCAGCUCUGACUGUGGUGUUUGUCAACUCCAAAUCAUUGUCUUCGCUGAAGAUUGACGACACGCCGGUGGACGAUCCGUCUCUGAAGGUGCUGGUGGCCAACAACAGCGACACCCUGAAACUGCUGAAGAUGAGCAGCUGCCCUCACGUCUCCCCAGCAGGGAUCCUGUGUGUGGCAGACCAGUGUCACGGCCUGAGAGAGCUAGCACUAAACUACCAUCUAUUGAGUGAUGAACUCCUGCUGGCCCUCUCCUCUGAGAAACACGUCCACCUGGAACACUUGCGGAUCGACGUGGUGAGUGAGAACCCUGGCCAGCAUUUCCACACCAUCAAGAAGAGCAGCUGGGACGCCAUGGUGCGACACUCGCCCAAAUUCAACCUGGUCAUGUACUUCUUCCUUUAUGAGGACGAGUUUGGCCCUUUCUUCAAUGAGGAGGUCCCGGUCACGCACCUCUACUUUGGUCGCUCAGUCAGUAAGGAGGUCUUGGGCCGCGUUGGCCUCCACUGCCCUCGUCUGGUGGAGCUGGUGGUGUGCGCCAACGGCCUCCGUCCUCUGGACGAGGAGCUGAUCCGCAUCGCCAAGCACUGCACCCAGCUGUCGGCCAUCGGCCUGGGCGAGUGCGAGGUUUCCUGCAGCGCAUUUGUGGAGUUUGUCAAGAUGUGUGGCCGGAGGCUUUCCCAGCUGUCCAUCAUGGAGGAGGUGCUGAUUCCAGAUCACAAAUACUCCCUGGAUGAGAUCCACUGGGAGGUUUCUAAGCACCUGGGCCGGGUCUGGUUCCCAGACAUGAUGCCGACCUGGUAGAGUGAAGCCAAAGAGGCACACAUAAUUUAAGUACGUCUAGUUUGUGGUGUGGAAUAUUCAUGGCCUCCAUGUUUGCAAAGAAAAGCCUUUUUAAAUGCUCGGCUGUAGUGAAAUGUUUGCUGCUAACAUGGAGAGCAUGAACCUGCUGAACUCCUGUGUGGCGUCCAGGACAGGGAUGUAAUGUGGCGCCUGACUGCUACACAAAGUUAUCAUGUCAUGCAAACACCACAACAAUCUCUGCCUGAUAGCUUCAAAGUAGACUGUAGAAUCCUACUUUGCCUAGUCUGGAGACAGAACAAGCCUGCUUCUUCACAUAUGAAACACUCAGCACAGGUGGAAAUAUUUUACUAAAAAAACCCAAUGUUUUUAAAACUGCAAAUUGAGUUGUGUGUGUGUGUAAGUGUGUGUGUGUAACAUGGGGUUAUUUGGGACAAUUAGGUGCACAAUUGCAUGUUGUAACACUAUCACUUGGCCUACUUAAGUCCGGUCUGAAAGAGCAGCUCUGCACACUAAAAGAAUAUGGCAUCGGAGGUUUCCAAAUGGCUGCGAUGUUAUUUGUACAUAGUAUGUGACAGAAGGUUUUCUGUAAGGGGUAGUCGAGGUGGAGGACUCACUUAAUUAUGCAGAAGAGUCAUUGUGUCCUACACCUCCAUUUUAAACUAAUUUAUUGAUAAAGAGCAGCGAUAGUGUUGACAACAUCUUGCUUUUCCUUCUCGCCCGAGCUCAAUCAAAAAAGCAAACACGAUUGUUGAAAAUGUUAAGUUGGCCAGGAGAGAAAGUGAAAUGUGUAUGGACUCUAGGUCUCUAUCUUUGUGACGUGAAGGUGUGCAGUAUCUAUUGAUACUUGUCAUUUUAUUUUCUCCAGAUUAUGCAGAUUCUCUUUAUUUUCUGCAUCCUGUAUCAAUUGGCUUGACAAAUUGAUUUCUCGGUUUCGUUUUAAAGAAGGUUUCUGUACAGUCCUAGAUUUCCUAAGCACCUACCAAAUGAUAGCUAGGACAAAACAAGCCAUUUUGCCCUGAUGAAUGCAAGGAAACCAUCUUUAUAAUGUUCCAAUUUGAGUUUAUUUAUUGGUUGGACCCAGAUUCUAAUGAUUAUGAACACUGUACUGGGGUUCUGUUGAAUCAGAUACAGAGGACAGUAUAUGAAGUAAUAAAGCUAUCAUUGCUAAUAAAAAAACAACAACCGAGAACUAGUUCUAUGUAAAUACAGAUUGUGUGUCUCAGGUGCAUUUAAUGAAUAUAUUUCUAUUAAUAGGUUUCAUUUGUAUCUUCUGCUAUUAGCCUGUUCAAGCUCUAAACGUUAACAUGUUGUGAAUAUCUGCCCUUCUAUUAGCCCACGUUUGCUCUGUAUCAGGUUACCACAUCGUACGUACAGGAGAGGAAGCAGUAUUCAUCUUGUAUAUUCAUUACAAACACUGUCUCUGCAGAUAUCACUAGUGCUCCUGUCCAAAACAUCCAUUAAUUUCAGUCGAAAGAGAUUUGGCAAGUUGGAUGAGUGAAACAAUUUUUUUUUUCCUUUAAGAAGGAAGUCGAAUGCACCUGUAUAUAAAACGCUGUGUGUUUUAUUAUGAAUAGAAAUGUACCCAUUUCUUUUAUUUCACCCUCUGUUGGGGUUUGGAGUUUCCUUAACCAACGGCUAGUGUCUUUUUAUAAAAAAUCAGAGUGCGAGUUAUCCCUUACUAGAUGGAUCUUUUUCAUACUGUAGAACAUACACUAGAGGAGAUAAGCUGUGUAAUCUAUUGAUAUGGAUACUGCUUUUGUAAUUAAUUUGUGAUUUUUCCCUUAUAUAAAAGAAACAAUCAUUAUAACCAGCAAGCCAGCCAGCAGCAAGAUUAGUUAUUUUUUGGGCGCGGGGGGGUUUGACACUUCCACCUCUGUCACUAUGAUUUUGUUGCAUGUCGGUGGUCCAAACGUUUUGAGUCCACUGCCGCAAGCUUUUCAUCAUUCAUGAACACAGAGGAGAGAUUUAAACAAGUAAUUUAUUCCAAAACAAAACCAGCAAAACUGAAAGUUACACUUGAGUUAGUAAAUCAACCCCUGUUGGAAAAAGGUUGCUCUACACCUGCUUGAAUUUCAGGAAGAGAAAGUACUUUCUUUGCUUUGCUUUCUCGCCACAGUCACCAGAUCUGAAUCCUACUCAUCUUCAUGAUGAAAAAAAGGAAAAUGUGAAAGUUAGUUUAUCAUCAGAAUACACUUGCUUUUACUUGUAGAUUAUAAAAAUCUGCAGAAAUGGGUAGGUCACUCAGAUAAGAAAUUGCUAGCAAAGUCACAAUCAAACCAUUAAAAAUGUUAAUAGAUCAUUAUUGUGUGUGUGUAUGUGUGUGUGUGUAUAUAUAUAUAUAUAUAUAUAUAUAUAUAUAUAUAUAUAUAUAUAUAUAUAUAUAUUUAUAUUUGACAAAAGAUGUUUUCAAAAAGAGUUAUCCGUAGUGGACAAACAUUUGGACAACGCUGCAUGAUAAUAGGAUCUGUAGAUAACCCAGAUAUUAUUUUUUUUUCUGCCAGACUUCAUUCCUUUUUUUCAUGCCCUAUUAGAUAUUUCAUGUUAACCAAACAGUGCUGUAGAUUAAAACUGAGACACGUGUUGCAGUACGUAUGUUGCAAACGUUUCUUAGUUUUAUUGGAUUGAACUAAGUCUAUUGAUUAGUAUUGGUCUCUCUUAUCACUGAUGUUAGAUACCUGUGCUGAUUGUCUGUGCUCUUGUGCAUUAGCAUCUCCAUGGUACAGUAACAUAUCCUGAUUUCUUUUUUUAUUUCUAAUGAUUUGUGCAGUACAUUAAAGGGUUGCCGUGUCAGCAGCUUUAAAGUGACGGUUGUGUCUCGUAACCAUUUUCCUGUUGUUUUUAUUGGCUUUCAUUGGGAAUUUCAGUAGAGUAAAACAUGUUUCAUUUAAAUACAGAUAAAAUACAAUCAUUAAGAUGUCAGUAAUUGUUUUAACCUAGUGUGUCCUCCGAGUCCUCCAGUAAGUUUUAUUAGGGGUAUACUGGUGUUGACAAUGCUGUCCUUCUAGUUUUGCUUCUGUUUGGCAAAUGCUUUGUCUACUUUGCUUAACUGGUCACCUGUCUUGAAAUUAAAAUUGUUUUGGACAUGUGAUCUUAUACCAGUAAUAAAGAUUUAUGAAUGUA